GUCCAGAACACCUGAUAUGAAUAUUUACGAAUGAAUGGAAGCAUGUCGAACGUGCCGCAAUACAUACUUGGCAUCACACCUCGGUUACACCAACAGCCGAGUGACUUGCUCUAACUCUCCAAGUGUACGCCGCGCACCAUGCACGGCUCGACGUAUAAAUGGCCAGUCAUGCAUCCGUUCUCCCCAGCCACCCAUCCUUACAACCAGGUUAGCAAGCAGUCUUGCGACAAUCUGCCAGUCAACCUAUCUGACAUCGUCCUCAUACAGAAACAAUGUCUUACACCAUCACAGUCCGAAUCAUCGAUGCCACCACCGGCAACCCCGGUUUCAAGCUCGUCGAGAAAACCGUGUGGCACUAUGCCAACGGGGGGACGUGGUCCAACACGGAUUCUAUCGAGACCCUCGUCAUGGGCGGCAGCGGCACUUCUGGUGCGCUCCGCUUCAUAAACGGCGCCGGGGAAGAGUUCCUCGUGACGCUAGGCAUCCACAACUACAAGAGGUGGUGCGAUAUCGUCACUGACCUCGCGCCCGGAGACACGGGCAUGAAGAUUCAGCCCGAGUACUACUCGGAUUCCAGUGCCAGGAACCAGAUGCUGUGGAAGCAGCUGGAUCACAUCCAGAAGAAGAGCGCAAAAGGAACUUCGGUGGACGUCAAGUACGUCGAGGAGGUCGGAAACUCCUUCGUCGUCCAUAUUUUCAUUUCCUGUUGAAUAUCCCGCGUACAUUCUCAUAUCGAAGGAGUCACAAGUGUAGGAAAGUUGUACGAUUAAAAUUGAAUGGACUGUGUCGAUAAGAAGUGAACUACGUAGUCGCGGAGUGAAUGUUAACAAAUACUCACAAUAACGGCAGACAUUCCCUACUAUGCCUAUAUGCUUCGGCUGGUGCCUUCUUCUGCAU